UCCAACAAGACAUUGCUAGCCUUGAGGUCCUAUGAGUGAUCUAUAUUGGCGAAUCAUGAUGAAGCUAUAAGAUUCGCCUAACAACCCCGCAAAUAAAAUCAAAUUGGUUUCCCCAGUCUAGGUUUGAACAUUUAGAUUUAUCUAAAUAAGAUAUAUGCAUGGUAUAACGAGUGACAUGAGUAUGUUGGAUUACUCUUUGUUGUAUGAAAAUAUGAAUAUUAAUGUUUACGCAAUGACGUUGCUAUAUGUUCAGAGUGACAGCUAAAGUACUACUAAUGUAGCAAAGGAUGAAACACACGUUUAUUGAGAAGCUUGAACGCAGAGUCAAAAAGUCUAUUGAUCUUUAAUCACUUUACUUAAUGGAAAAUACUUAUUGUUAAGAAAACAUAAAAACAAGAAAGACAAGAAUAAAUCUCAACCAUUCAUUAUCACCACCACCCUAUAAUCCCUAUUAAAAAUUUGAAAUUCUGCCCUCCUUCAAUUAACAAGGAAUUGUUGUUUCUUGACCGUUUGAGGUCUCUUGUGUCCGUAAAGUCAAAUAUACUUUUAAGUAUAUUCCUUACCCACUUUCAUGUAUGAAAACCACCCUAUCUACUUGUUUAUGUUCUUCAUUCAUUUUACUUUUCCUCAAUCUCUAUCCUUUGUGGAAAAUAUAAUAAAAAUCAUAUCACUAAUCAGGAAUGACUACGUGUCGUUGAAAGUUAAAUGUGCCAGUUUGACUAUUUCAAUUUUCUCCUUAUUACUAAAUGCAACAGAGUUACGUAAGAGCAAUUCAAUGCUCUCUGCAAAAAAUCAUAAACAACAGCUGUUAUGUUACAUAACAAUUUGCUGCUUAACUCUUUGAUUCUACUCCUUUUGACAUUCUCUUUUUGCUCUUGUUCUACUGACACCAUAUCUACUGACAAGCCUAUAAGAGAUGGUGAGCUUAUUGUUUCUAAAUCUAAAACAUUUGCACUUGGAUUCUUCACUCCAGGAAAAUCCACCUCUCGCUAUGUUGGAAUUUGGUACAACAAUUUGCCAAAUCAAACUGUUGUUUGGGUUGCCAACAGAGAUACUCCCAUCAAUGACACUUCUGGAAUCCUAUCAAUCGACCCGAGUGGAAAUCUAGUACUCCACCAUAACCGUAGCACCAUUCCAAUUUGGUCUUCCAAUGUUUCGUUCCCACAAUCACUAACAAAUCACACCAGUGCUGUAAUAGCUCAACUAUCAGAUAUAGCAAACCUUGUUCUGAAGCUAAACAACACCGAAACUGUAUUAUGGGAAAGCUUUGAUCAUCCAACAGACACAUGGCUUCCAUAUCAAACACUUGGUUUUGAUAGAAAGAAUAAUCAAAGUUGGUUUCUCCAAUCCUGGAAGACAGAUGAUGACCCUGGAAAAGGUUCAUAUACGUUAAACUUCAGCACUGUUGGUUUACCUCAGUUGUUUAUGUACAACCAUGACCUUUCUUGGUGGCGCGGGGGACAUUGGAACGGAGAAUUAAUUGUAGGUCAACCUUAUAUGAAACGAGAUAUGUAUAACAUUUCUUUCGUUGAACAUGACAACUAUGUAGCACUCACCUAUAACAUGUUUGAUACGUCUGUCAUUCUUAGGAUAGUGCUUCAGCAAUCUGGGUUCUUUCAAGCAUUCACGUGGGACAGUCAUGAGAGUCAAUGGAAUCCGUACUGGUCUGAACCGACAGACCAUUGUGAUAACUAUGGAACAUGUGGAUCAAACAGUAAUUGUGAUCCUUCGAACUUGGAGAACUUUAAGUGUACAUGUUUACUUGGUUUUGAACCCAAAUAUCCACGUGAUUGGUAUGACAGUAGAGUCGGGUCAGGAGGAUGUGUAAGGAAGAAAGGUGUAUCUGUUUGUAGGAACGGAGAAGGGUUUGUCAAAGUUGUAAGCUUGAAAGUUCCUGAUACAUCUGUGGCAGUUGCAAAAGGUGGUUUAAGUUUGGAAGAAUGUGAGAAAGAAUGCUUGAGAAACUGCUCUUGUACUGCCUAUGCCGUUGCUGAUGUGACAAAUGGUGGAAGUGGUUGUUUGGCAUGGUAUGGGGAUUUAAUGGACAUUCAGAAACUUAGUAAUCAAGGCCAAGAUUUAUUUUUACGCGUUGAUGCAGUUGAGCUAGCCAAUUACUACAAAAAAAGCAAAGGAAUCCUUAAUAAAAAGAAGUUGGCUGCAAUUCUGGUAGCUUCUAUUGUUGCAAUUGUUCUCCUCCUCUCUUGUGUGUAUUGCUGGCGGAAGAAAAAAGGAAAGGGUAAAAUGAUGCAGCAAUUAAGCCAAGAUUCCUCUGGAGAAGAGAAUGGUGCUCAAAUCAACAUCCAUCCAAAUCUACCAUUAUUUGAUUUUAAAACGAUAAUGACAGCUACAAAAAAUUGUGGUCAUGAGAACAAGCUAGGACAAGGUGGAUUUGGCUCUGUCUAUAAGGGUUGCUUGGUUAAUGGACAAGAGAUAGCAGUGAAAAGAUUAUCCAAAACUUCAGGUCAAGGCAAAGGAGAGUUUAUAAAUGAAGUUACACUCUUAGUUAAACUCCAACACAGAAAUCUAGUGAGAUUGCUCGGUUGUUGCUUUGAAAAAGAAGAAAGGAUGCUAGUUUAUGAAUACCUACCAAACAAAAGCUUAGACUUCUUUAUAUUCGAUCAAAACCAAAGGUCAUCAUUGGGUUGGAGUAAGCGUUUUGAAAUUAUUUGUGGGAUUGCUCGAGGUGUUUUAUAUCUUCAUCAAGAUUCAAGGCUGAAAAUAAUUCAUAGAGAUUUGAAAGCUAGCAAUGUUCUCCUUGAUGGCGCAAUGAAUCCCAAAAUCUCAGAUUUUGGUAUGGCUAGAAUAUUUGGAGAAGAUGAAAUCCAAGCAAAAACAAAAAGAGUGGUCGGAACAUAUGGAUAUAUGGCCCCGGAAUAUGCAAUGGAGGGACGAUACUCAACAAAAUCCGAUGUCUUCAGUUAUGGGAUUUUGCUACUAGAAAUUAUUGCAGGACAAAGAAACACGCGCAAUGAAACUGGAAGAGCAUCCCCAAAUUUAAUUGGACAUGUGUGGACACUAUGGACAGAAGGAAAGGCCUUGGAUACAAUUGAUCCAGCACUAAACCAGUCUUAUCCUCCUGAUAUAGUUCUGAAAUGCAUUCAAAUUGGACUCCUGUGUGUGCAAGAAAAAGCCAUGAAUAGACCAUCAAUGCUAGAAGUUGUUUUCAUGCUAUGCAAUGAAACACCACUUUGUCAACCUCAAAAACCAGCAUUCUUAUUCAAUCGCAGCCAAGAAUUACAAGAGUUAUCAAUAAAUGAAUUAACAGAAACUACCGUCAGUGCUCGCUAAAAGUUAGCUUAAUCAAAUAUGUAGUUUUUGUUUUGUAAGUUCUGUUAGAAUUGAGUUUAUAUAGACCUUUCCAAAAUUUCUUAAGAAACAAAUAUUGUAAAAUGAAUAAUUAGAAUAAGUGGUAUUUUAGAUAAGGAUAUCAGGAGGAAUUGACGUAAUGAAUACAAGUAAAUUUUCCGCCCGCUCCUUUCUAUU